AUGGACGCUGAGGCUGCCGUCCCGCCGCCGUCGCCCGUGGAGGUCAUUGCUCCGCCUCCUCAUCCGAGCAUACCCAGUGGCAGUACACAGCCUCGGCAGUUUCUCCACAGGGCGUUUUCCUCGCCCCCUCACGAGCAAUUCAGGGUUGUGGGUGGGCAGCACGCCCCGGCAGUUCCGCUGUCCACCCCCUCAGCUGCACCGCCCCUGGGUCCCUACACCCGCCGUCGGAAGCCAUACUCAGCGACGGUGCGCCGUUUCAGGAAAGAGGGAUGUGCUGCCGAAGAACCACCCACGUCGCAACCUACAGUGCUACCGGUGACCUAUGCCGCUGCUCUGGCUUCUCCUACCACUUUGCAACGUCGCCCGGUCACCACAAACGACGCCACCAACGAGUCCGACCAGACACCGACGGCGAGCGCCUCGGACGACCCGCCACCUCGGCCGGCCAUUGACGCCGCUCCGAAGAUGCCGGCGCAACCAGACGUUGACCCUGAUCUCGGAAACACGAUGGAGAUCGACUCGCUCAUCGUUCCUACAGCGGCCGUUCUGCCAGAACGACGCGACUCCCUUCCGUCGUCGGACACGGAGGGUCGCACAAGGAAACAACGUUCCCCGAAACGUCGCAAGCGAAGACGUCGCACAGUUUCCGGCCAAGAGGAGACGUUACAAGUCGAGGAGGACGUAACCGUCGACCAGCACGAGGCCUCAGAACCCGCUACUGCUGACGAAGACGUAAUGAGCGCGGAGACAUCUAUCGGUGUGCCUGCGCCCCGUGCUGACGCUGAACUAAAUCAUGAACGUAUCACAGGCGACACUACACCACGCACAAUUACAAUAUCUUCUGCCGACAAAAUGGACGAUACACCAGUUUCUGCUUCCACGGCGUGGCACGAGGAGGAGGUCACGGAGCAGGAGCCGUUACGGGACCCUGCGCCGUCACGGCCGCACCACUAA